CGAACUCUUAGCCUUCUUUUUAUUUUUUUAGUGUUUGUUGUGAUUCGUUCCCGACUAUUCAAUAAUUGCAAAAUACAGAUUUUUGUUUUAUUUCUUCCUUCCAGAAUUGAAAUUUAGCAUAAAAUAUGAGAAGCCGACAACCAGUCGGCAUUCGGCAGCAGUAAGUGCGUGACUCUGGUGACCACGUGUUACUCGUAAUUUGUUUGCCGAUAAUACACUAUCGAGCGGAAAGUUUGAAGAUCGUCAUUAAUAUCCAGUUUCAAUGUAGAUAACAUUGGAAUUGAUAACAAUUGAACUCUGACAUUGAUGUAAGAUAUUUACUACCAUCAUCUACGAACUUUAUUCUUCAAUCAUUCUGAAUUUGGAUACUGUUCUGUUUAAACAUAGAGUUCAAUAUGUGUAUUAUAAGGUUCUUCUGUUCUGAAGCAUUUAGUGCACAUAAGACCAAGGAGAUCCUUGAGAAGUUGCAACAAGUUGAUGCAGAUAUAGUUGAGUUGUCCACUGAACUUUGUUACCAUGUGGAGCUCAGGGAAGGCUGUGACUAUCUCAACAUCAAUCAAAUUAAAGUUUUGAAGUGGCUCCUCAGCUCUCCCCUUCAGCCACAAGCAUUGAGAAAUGAAACUGUAUACAAAGAUGUGAAAGGAAGCCAAACAAUAAUAGAGAUUGGACCAAGGUUCAAUUUCUCAACGGCAGACUCAAGUAACUCCGUUCAGAUAUGCGAGAGCGUUGGCUUACAUGAUGUUAUACGCUUGGAAGUUUCAACUAGAUACCUUAUCACAUUUGGAAGGCCUAAGAAUGUUUCUGAAAAGUUACAUGAAGCCUUGGCUGCACCAUUACAUGAUAGGAUGACCCAAUGUGUUUACACAAAAGAAAAUUUACCAAGGGUUAGUUUCAAUGAAGGAUUACCUAAGGAUUUAGAGCCUUGGUUUGUAGUGCCCCUUCUGAAAGAAGGUAGACCAGCAAUGGAAAAAGUCAAUAAGAAAUUGGGGCUGGCUUUUGAUUCCUGGGACAUGGAUUUCUACAUGGACAUGUUUGUUAAUAAAUUGAAGCGUGACCCUACCAGUGUAGAGUUAUUUGACCUUGCCCAGAGUAAUAGUGAACAUUCACGUCAUUGGUUCUUUAAGGGAAAAUUAGUGUUAGAUGGCAAAGAGAUAAAUGAAUCUCUAAUUGAUAUGGUAGCUUCAACGCAGAAGACAUCAAAUGAUAAUAAUGUUAUCAAGUUUGGGGAUAACAGCAGUGCCAUCAAAGGUUUUAAACAUUCAAAACUGCGGCCAACCAAUGUCAGGGAUCCAUCUCAGGUUGUUAAAGAGGAAACAGAAUCAGACAUAAUAUUCACUGCGGAGACUCAUAACAUGCCGACAGCUGUGGCUCCAUUCAGUGGGGCAACUACAGGCACUGGCGGACGUAUCAGGGAUGUUCAGGGUGUGGGACGUGGUGGGCACACAGUUGCUGGCACUGCGGGAUACAGUGUUGGCAAUCUGCAUAUACCUGGUUAUGAAUUGCCUUGGGAAGAGAAGGGUUGGGAGUACCCUAACAAUUUUGCAAGCCCCCUACAAAUUAUUAUUGACGCCAGCAAUGGUGCAUCGGACUAUGGUAACAAGUUUGGAGAACCGCUGAUUUCAGGUUUUGUUCAAUCAUAUGGUUUGAAGAAUGGCGAUAAUGUAAGAGAGGAGUUUGUUAAACCGAUCAUGUUCAGUGGGGGUAUUGGAUACAUGCCACACAAUAUGAUUAAGAAGAAUAAACCAGAAAAAGGAAUGAUGUUGGUGAAGGUGGGCGGUCCAGUGUAUCGCAUUGGUGUGGGAGGCGGCGCCGCUUCCUCUGUUGCCGUUCAGGGAGGAGAUGCCAGAGAUCACGCUCUAGAUUUUGGAGCAGUACAGAGAGGUGAUGCGGAAAUGGGUAACCGUCUCAACAGAGUUGUUCGAGGAUGUUUGGAGGCAGAUAUCAAUCCUGUUGAAUCGAUUCACGACCAAGGUGCAGGCGGUAAUGGUAAUGUGCUGAAAGAAUUGGUGGAGCCAGAAGGGGCAGUCGUAUAUACUAAGGAGUUUCAGUUAGGAGACCCGACUAUCACGACCUUAGAGCUUUGGGGUGCUGAGUACCAAGAGAACGAUGCUUUACUUUGUUCCAAGGAAAAUAGGCCUGUCCUUGAAGAUAUUUGUCGUCGUGAAAGAUGCCCGGUGUCGUUCGUUGGUGAGGUUACGGGAGAUGGAUACAUGAGUCUAGUAGAAGAUGCUUACACCAACAAAUAUUUGAAUAGAAAUGAGAGACUCAAGCCUGAGACCCAGUCUAAGAUGCCGUAUGAUCUUCAUUUAGAAGCUGUUUUGGGUAAUAUGCCACGAAAAACAUUUGAUUUGGUCACGGAGAAGAGAACUAAGCUGCCAUUGUCUUUGCCACAAAAUGUUACUGUACAUGAUGCUUUGAACAGGGUCUUGAGACUGGUGAAUGUUGCUAGCAAGAGAUACUUGACCAAUAAGGUGGACCGUUGCGUCACAGGUUUAAUAGCUCAGCAGCAGUGCGUAGGACCACUACACACACCCCUGGCCGAUUGUGCAAUCAUUGCACUCUCGUACUACGACCUCGUUGGAUCGGCCACUUCCAUCGGUACUCAGAACAUUAAGGGACUGUUGGACCCCGCGGCGGGAGCUCGCAUGUCUUUGGGAGAAGCUCUUACCAAUUUAGUGUUCGCCGGCAUCAGCGAGCUGGAAGACGUGAAGUGCUCGGGCAACUGGAUGUGGGCGGGCAAGACGGGCGCGGAGGGCGGAGCCCUAGUGCUCGCGUGCCGCGCCGUGUGCGACGCUAUGGCGAGAGUCGGCGUCGCCGUAGACGGCGGGAAGGACUCCUUGUCUAUGUGUGCUCAAGUCGCCGGGGAGAAAGUGAAGUCGCCGGGAACUUUAGUGGUUUCAACGUAUGCGCCGUGCCCAGACAUCACGGUUAAAAUUGAGCCUGCUCUAUUGCAAGAAGGAUCGGCUCUAGUUUACGUACCUGUCAGUCCUGGAAAGUACAGACUUGGCGGAUCAGCGCUGGCUCAAUGCUACAAGCAGCUCGGUGACAACCCGCCAGAUCUUGACGACCCUGCAGUUCUCAAGGCCAUGUUCAAAGUAACUCAGAAACUAUUGAAGGAGGGCAAAUUGCUAUCUGGACACGACGUGAGCGAGGGAGGUUUUGUAACCACAGCCUUAGAGAUGGGUAUCGGUGGCAUUCGCGGUAUGAACCUCGACAUUCAAGUAGAACAGAACGUGUCAGACAUUCAAGCGCUUUUCAACGAGGAGUUGGGAAUAAUUGUUGAAGUAACACGUGAUAAUGUAUUGUAUGUCCUCAACGAAUACAAGAAGAAUGGAGUGAAUGCUAAACAAAUCGGCACCUCUGGACACUAUGGAAUGAAUUCUGAGGUGACCAUAAAGGUGAACGGCAAAAAGGUUCUAGAUACAAAACUGAUUGACAUGUACAGAAUGUGGGAAGAAACAAGUUACCAAUUGGAAUGCUUGCAAGCCAACAGCGAUUGUGUUCGUCAGGAAUGGCAAGGACUUGGUAAGAGGAAGGGCGUGACCUACAAUGUCACUUUCGAUCCAUCAGCGGCGGUUGUGAAGACAAAACCAAUUAGAGUAGCUGUUCUUCGUGAAGAAGGCACAAAUGGUGACAGGGAAAUGAUUGCAUCGCUAAUGAUGGCAAACUUUGAUGUCUUCGACGUGACAAUGAGUGAUUUACAAAACAAGAAAAUCACUUUGGACGCGUUCCAAGGCUUGGUGUUCCCCGGUGGUUUCAGUUAUGCUGAUACAUUGGGUUCAGCAAAGGGAUGGGCAGCAGGCAUUUUGUUUUCAGACUCUCUUAGCUCACAGUUCUCUCACUUCAAGAACAGAAAUGACACAUUUUCGUUGGGUGUGUGCAAUGGAUGUCAGCUCAUGGCCCUUCUAGGCUGGGUAGACCCAGAAACCACAGCUAAGAGUGCUAACAAAACUCAAGUAUUCCUCGACCAUAAUGCUUCAGAAAGAUUUGAAUGCCGCUGGUCAGCUGUAAAGAUAACGGAGAAUAACUCAGAUGUAUGGUUCCGUGGUAUGGGCGGCAGUGUACUGGGAGUGUGGGUGGCUCACGGCGAGGGACGCUUCACCGUCGCCGAGCCGCGCUUGCUCGACAAACUACAGGACAAUGGACAAGUGGCCAUGCAGUAUGUCGACGAUAGUGGUGAACCAACUGAGGAAUACCCCAUGAAUCCUAAUGGAAGCCCAGUGGGUAUAGCAGGAGUCCGUUCUCGCGACGGUCGUCACAUCGCCAUGAUGCCGCACCCCGAGCGCUGCGUGCUUCGCUGGCAGUGCAGCGUGACCGCGGCCGCUCCUGCAGGUGCCGCUAACCCCACCAGCCAAGCCUCACCCUGGUCUAGACUCUUCCAGAACGCAUACUCUUGGGCUUCACACCAGUAAAAUUUGAAAAAAAAAAAAACUAAACUAAACCUUCGUUUUAGUAAUUAGAAUUUAUUAAAUAAAUUAAGAUACAGCUGCCAAUCAAAUUAAGUACUUUGUCCCUCUAAAGUUGGCCACUAAUACUGCACUGUAGUCAGUUUGUCUGGACAAAAACUACUGUGCUAACGCAAGGCAUCAAAUGCUGAAUUCAGAGGGGACAAGACAUUUGGAAAUCAAAUUUUAAAAAAGUAAUUGAGAGGAAAGUUGUUUAUAGUUAAAUGAAAGGAUAGAAAAUUGAGAGAAUGAAAUAAAUAAGGUGCAGAGUAGUUGUUCAUCACAAGGUGCAGAAUUGAAUUGAAUAUUGUUUUAUAUUCAUUGUUACUAAUUAAGAGUAUUUUUUAUCAAUUUACAGAGAAUUACAAUCUUAUUGUGCUCGAAUAUUGUUAAUGUACCUAGUUUUAUAAGCUUGAAUUAAAAUGUAUAACUGUCUUCCAAUUUUACAUUCCAUGAAUUUAUUGCACAUUGUAUAAGAAACCUAUUUGGAAAGUCUAUUGCUUCUUAUAAAAAAAUCUUAUACAUUUCAAAGGUUUAAUUAUUGUUAAGGUUUACAACAGAUCUAAAUAUUUUUAUAUUUUAAAGUGAUAUAAUAUGUACAAUAAAGGAAGUAUUUUAUAUACUAUGUUUUGAACAUUAAAUUGUUUAAUGAAAUAA